AUGUCCAGUUUUACUAGACGUAUUAAAAUCAUUUCUGUGAUUUUGCUCUGCAUUUCGAGCGUUUUCGCUGCCGUCUUGGGGAUCGAUUAUGGUCAACAAAAUAUUAAAGCAAUGGUUGUUUCACCUCAGGCACCAUUGGAAAUGGUUCUUACUCCCGAAUCUAAACGUAAAGAUAUAUCUGGUUUGGCUAUAAAAAGUCUCGGAGAUAAUGGUGACAUUGAAAGGUUUUAUGGUUCUGCCGUCGGAUCAAUAAGUACAAGAUUCCCACAAUACUCGUUACUUCAUUUAAGACCAUUAUUAGGUAAGACUAUCGAUGAUACUGAGGUCAUUGAUUUAUAUUUAAAAGAGCAUCCUGGUGUUAAUAUAACGAAAACCUCGAGAAACUCUUUGGCCAUCGAUGUCGAUGGCGUCGAAUAUCCAAUCGAAGAACUUGUCGCCAUGAACAUUCAAGAACUAGCCUCAAGGGCAAAUGCAUUAUUAAAAGAAAAGGAUUCGAAAACUAGAGAUUUUGUAGAACAAUUUACAAUUUCAAUUCCUGAAUACUAUAACCAAAAUCAACGUAAUGCUUUGUUAGAUGUCGGCACUCUAUUAGAAAAUUCAGAGGGAACAUUUUUAAUCAAUGAUGGUAUUUCAGUUGCAAUUAACUACGCCUUGAACAUUCGCGAUUUCGAGCCUGGUCUAUCUCACUACUACGUUAUCUAUGAUAUGGGUAGUGGCUCUACCAAGGCCACACUCAUUCGUAUUGAACAACCUUUGAACGAGACAAAACCAUUACAGAUUGAAGUUGGUGGUUACGGUUAUGAUUCCAACUUAGGAGGCACAAUUAUUACUUUGGAAGUAGCAGAUAUGAUUGAGGAUACGUUGUUAGAAAAAUACCCUAAAAUUAAUAGGAAAGACCUUCAAUCUGAUUUAAGAGCAAAGGCUAAGAUUAUUCAAGCCGCAGAAAAGGCUAAGUUAGUAUUGACAGUUAACGCCGAGUCUUCUGUAAGUAUCGAAUCCGUCAUUGCCGACUUAGAUUUCAGAAGUGUGGUAACUAAGGAAGAGCUUGAAAAGAGAUUAAGCCGUUUUUCAUCAAAUAUCGUAAAUCCAUUAAAUCAAGCGCUCGAUGAUCAGUUUUGGGAUGAAGAUAUAACUAUUUCCCAGUUAAAUGGUAUACUUUUAACUGGUGGUUCAACUCGUGUGCCAUAUGUACAACAAACCUUAUUAGAUAUUGUUGACGAAGACAAACUCUUGAAGAGUGUUAAUGCAGAUGAAUCUACGGUGAAUGGUGUCACUGUAAGAGGUAUAAAAUUAUUCGAAGCCUUCAAAACGAAGCCCCUCAAUGUUACUGAGCGUUCUUUCUACGCUUACAGUGUUAGUGUGGAUGGAUCUUCUGAUAGAGAGUGCGUUUUCAACGCUGGCGACGUUUUUCCAGCAACAUCAUCUAUGUUUGUCCCUGUUGAGGAUAAUGAAGAUGGAUUAAGUUUGGCUUUGUAUGAAAAUGACGAGAUUAUUAAUGAAUUAGCGAUUGACGAAUUGAAAACUUUCGAUGCUAAGGACUGUCCAUAUGGUUUUGCUUACAAUGUUACCUUCCAACUCACUCCUAUGAGGACAUUCAUUGUAGAUUCUGUACAAGGAUUAUGUUUGCAAAUUGAGAAGGAAAUGGAAGGUGCAUCAGAAGUUGUCACCAAUAAUACAAAAUUGAAUACGAUUGCUUACCCAUCGUAUUCUGAAUCUAAUCCUACAAUCACUGCUUUAACUUCCAAGGAAAGGCUUGUGUAUGCAAACAGACUUAAAGAAUUGAACCUCCAGGACAAGAAAAGAUUCCAAUUACAAGAAGCCAAAAACUUACUUGAAGGUACUUUAUACGAUACAAGAAACUUUAUUACUGAGGAAGAAGUUGUUACGAAUGGACCAGCCACUCAAUUAAGCACACUUUCCAAUCUAGUAGAAAAAUAUUUGGAAUGGCUGGAAGAUGAAGCGGAUGAUGCAUCAAAAAGCGAUAUCAACAAGAGAAGAAAAGAGAUUAUUUCACUAAGAGACAAAAUAGAAGUAUACUUAAGUGCCGUUGGUGAGCCACUUGACAUGGAACAGUUUGAAGGUUUGCUCAAGAAUGCAACAGUCCUAUCAGAAAAAUAUGUAAAAGAAAAUGAUACAUUGGAGGAUGCAUUUGCUCAGUUAGAAGAAAAAAUUCCUAGCACCAUCUUAGAUGUUCGAAAAGAGUACGAAAAUAUCCAACUUCCUUCAUCGAUGUCUAAAACUAUUGCUGACUGGGAAGGUACUUUAAAUAUGCUAAAUGAUGCAAUAGCAAGUAUCCAGAAGCUCGUAGGAUCAUCAUCAUUCGAGAAACUAGACCGUGAAGAAUUAUAUGAGAUGAAGCGUGGCUUUGAAUCAAUUAUACAGAUAGCAGAAGAAAAGUUAACUGCCAGGAUGAGCGCCCAUGAAUAUCGUGUCAGAGAAGUUAAUUCUUUACACCAAAAAAAGCUGCGUGCACAAAGAAGAAAGGCAGAAAAGGAAAAGAAAAGCCUAGAAGAGGCUGGAAAGAAAUCUUCGACGGGGGAGUCGAUCUCUGAAAUGGAUGGCGUACAUAUGACGAGUUCGUCUUCUUCAGAAAGCAUCACCUCGAGUAUUACCACAGAAACAGGCAUUUUACAUGAUGAAUUAUGA